AUGGGUCUGAGAAGUCUGAUCGGCAAGCUCGAGGUCAAGCCAACGGACGAUGAAUUUGAGGCACUCGAGACCACAAGAUGGGGCAACAAAGAUGUGUAUCCUAUUCCGCGUGACAAACGCACGUAUGGAUGCAUCUUUCCGACCUAUCUGCACAUGGCAAAUACCCUACCAAGAAGCGCUGGCAUCACCACGCCACAGCUGAUUGGGUUCCUGCUGUUCAUCUGUCUGUACUUCCCGAUCAUAUAUUAUGUGCCACCACAUCGGGUCCAAAGGUUGCUGGAAGUGAACUUGGUCGUCUCCAGUCCUUGCAACCUCGUCUCACCAGCAGUGAAGAUACCUCAGUCCCAGAUAGGAUUUUUGAUGGUGCAAGGCAUCGCUUCAGUUGCUGGAACGUAUACUGGAGGCAGUGACCGCGUGUCAGACUGGACUCGAUAUGCAAAAAGCAGACACGCUCCAACAGCAGCCCAACUGACAGCACUCCCAAUCACAGUGACACUCAUAGCCCUCAUUGGAAUAAUCGCCACUUCUGCAACGUCAGAACUUCUUGGUUCGACCCAAUGGAAUCCGAUGGUCAUGCUUCAACAGGUCCAAAUGACAUGGUAUACGCCAGCUUGCCGAGCGGGAACAUUCUUUGCUGGUGUUGGACUGCUGUUCGUGACUGUCUUCAUCAACUAUACACAAAACAGCUCGGGCAUGGAUGUUGCCAUGCUCAUACCAAAGUAUGUCUCGAGGCGAAGGGGCAGCAUCAUCUUUUCAAUACUGGGAGUAUUGGCAAACCCCUGGCGAUUUCUCACACAAGCGGAGACCUUUAUCACGGUCUUAUCAUCGUUUGGCGUGUUCAUGUCGCCAGCUGCCUCGAUUUUGGUCGUCGACUUCUGGCUCGUCCGAAGGUGCAAGUGGAAUAUCCCGGAUCUCUAUCGUCAAGGUGGCGUCUACUGGUUUUGGCACGGAAUGAACUGGAGGGCUUAUGCGGCCUACUUCCUGGGGAUGGCAUGGGCUCUCCCGGGAUUCGUUCAGGCAGUCGGGGGCCCGCAAGUAGCGACAGGCUGGUAUCGUAUAUAUCAGGUGUCGUUCUUCUUCGGCUAUGCGGUGAGUGGAGGCCUCUACUACGCCCUCAAUCAAUUUUCUCAGCCGCCGGGUCUGGGACGUCAAGUCGAUUUUGUUCUGGAUGGCAUAGAGGUCGGAGUUGUUGUUGAAGAGGUCGUGGCGGAAGCACAGGGCGAGAAAAAGGGCAUGAUCGCUUGA